AUGGCACACUUUCAUUUGUACUUCAGCUGUUGUUUGGCGCUGAUGGCCCUGACCUGGCGCACAUCCACCGGACUCCCAGUGCGCACCGCAAGCGCAGACCAGUGCGCCCAGUGCUCACUGCUCUUCAGACACCUGCUGGUAAACAUCACAGAGCUCCUCAAAAAUGAGGCGAUAUGUUAUGCGAUGACCUCUGAUAAAAUACUGAUAGAGAGUAAAUCCGAUACGGUCCUGGCCUGCGCACCCACUCUGAACCAGACUUCAACGUGCAUGGCGCAAAAGAAUACAGCCUUCAGUGAGACUGAAUGUUACAGGAACAUCAUGAAGGACUUGGCCCACUAUGAUGCUGUUAUUCAGUCCUACCUCAACUUGCCGAAUAGAAGAUCUCAGGACGAAAUUACACUUCUGAGACCAACCCUGGGAAUUAUUCAGAGCCUGAGACAGAACUGUUCCCUAAUGCCAAAUGAGCAGACUGACUCUUCAGAGCAGGAUGAUGUCGAUUUGUGGGAAGACAACUCCUACGAAGACAGGAAGAAGAUGUGCAAGUUGAUGAAAGGUUUCCGCAUCCGAGCCAUCACCAUCAACAGAGCACUGGGUUACAUCAGCUCCGGAGAUCACAUGAAGUAAACACACCUCUGCAUCCAGGUCAUCACCACCAUCACUCCAAUCAAUACCAGAAUAUCUACUCUCAUUUUGAUUCAUCACAACCGAACAACGCUUCCUGAUCGUUCACUACCAUCAUCUGUAACUACUAAGUAUGUCUAUACACUGCAUGAGCUGCACGGUUAUGAGUGAUUUGUGCUCAGACAUAAUAAGCUAUGAUCAGCCAGCCUCCUGACUCAGUGAAAACUAAAUAUAGUUAUAUACACACACACACUAUGAGCUAAAUGAUAUGAAGAAGACACUGAAAA